GCUGCGAGCAACCGGCGGCUAAGCACCUGGCCACGCAUCUAACAGUCGCAUCCAAUAACAGUCGAGAUACAAAGAUACAAGAGGGAGAGUUUGAAGACCCUUAACAAAGUUUCUUGGCAUUAAUGACUAAAUAGAUUCAUCAUACACCUCAUAAACAAAUACGCAAAAUGACGGACCUGGAGUCAACGAAAAUCGACAAACACAAUGGCCAUCAGCCGCACCACAACAACAAUGAGAUUGUUGAGAGCGAACCACUCACAUGGAGAUUCUGGCGCAAACAGCGCUAUAUUGUGGUGCUGUUGGCAUUCUUUGGAUUCUUCAAUGUUUACUCGCUACGUGUGAAUCUGUCUGUGGCCAUUGUGGCGAUGACUGAGAAUCGCACGGUUGUCGAUGGCGAUGGCAACGUGUCCUACGACCAAGACUUUCCCUGGGACUCCAAGCAGAAGGGCUUGAUCCUGAGCUCAUUUUUCUAUGGCUACAUUUUCACACAGUUCCUCGGCGGUUACAUUGGCACCAAAGUUGGCGGCAAUCUCGUUUUUGGCCUAGGCAUUGGUACGACUGCUAUCCUAACACUUUUGACGCCCUUGGCUGCCAAACAUAGUUUGGAAAUGUUCCUUGCAGUGCGUAUUAUUGAGGGCGUAUUUGAGGGCGUCACAUUUCCGGGCAUUCAUGCCGUGUGGGCGAGGUGGUCGCCGCCCUUAGAGCGGUCUCGCAUGGCAUCGAUUGCCUUUGCCGGGAAUUAUGCUGGCACGGUGGUAGCGAUGCCAUCGUCUGGCUUGCUCGCAGCCCGCUACGGAUGGGAGAGCGUAUUCUAUGUGUUCGGCACGAUUGGUGUGAUCUGGCUGAUAAUCUGGCUGCUGUUUGUCCGCGCCGGGCCGGAAUUGGAUCGCUUCUGCUCGAAGGAGGAGUGCGAGUACAUACAUAAAACGAUUGGCUAUACGGGUUCAAACACCAAUAUCAAGCACCCGUGGAAGGCCAUAUUCACCUCAAUGGCCUUUUAUGCAAUUAUUGCAUCGCAUUUCUCGGAGAACUGGGGCUUCUAUACGCUGCUUACACAGCUACCCAGUUUUCUUAAGGAUACGCUUAACUUUGAUCUGGGAAAAACUGGUUUCCUGUCAGCUGUGCCGUACAUGGCGAUGGGUAUAUUGUUGGCCGUAUCCGGUUACCUGGCCGAUUGGAUGCAAGUGAAGGGCAUUUGGACAACGACACAAGUGCGUCGUAAUUUCAACUGUGGCGCUUUUCUGGCUCAAACUGUGUUCAUGAUGCUCACCGCUUACAUUAUGGAUCCCACUUGGUCCGUCGUAUUCAUAACAAUUGCUGUGGGCCUGGGAGCAUUUGCGUGGUCAGGAUUCGCAGUCAAUCAUCUGGAUAUUGCACCGCAGCAUGCAAGUGUCCUGAUGGGUAUUGGCAACACUUUUGCCACAAUUCCCGGCAUUGUCAGUCCGCUGCUGACUGGUUAUAUUGUGGGCGAUAGCGGGGAUCGACAUGAAUGGCGUUUGGUCUUCUUUAUAUCGGCUGGCAUUUAUCUCAUUGGCUGCGUCGUCUAUUGGUUCUAUGCCUCCGGCGAGCUUCAGGAGUGGGCCAAGUCGCCAGAGCAAAAAGCAGCGGAGGCCGAGGAGAAACUCCAAUUGCAACUGACACAGCGAGCCGGAUUUGUGAAUACGGCGGCCGACCUAAAGGAUUAAAAGGGACUAAAUGGCACCAUGAGCAAAUUUCUGUUCAAACUGUUCAACGACCGAAACAACAGCAACCAAAUACCAGAGACACAUUUUAGUUUAGCUUAUACUCGUAUUCCAUUCACAGUACCUUAUUGUACCUUAGCCCAUUGACUAUUUGUGCUGUUUUUUUGCACUCUCAGCGAGUGCAGUUCAGAAUAAACAAAGUUUCUUUUAUUCAAUUUA